GAGGCCAGGAACAGUGGCUCACGCCUGUAAUCCCAGCACUUUGGGAGGUGGAGGCAGGUGGACCACUUGAAGUCAGAAGUUUGAGACCAACCUGGCCCACAUGGUGAAACCCUGUCUCUACUAAAAAUACAAAAAUUAGCCCGGUGUGAUGGCGCACGCCUGUAGUUCCAGCUGCUUGGGAGGCUGAGGCAGGGGGAUCGCUUGAACCUGGGAGGCAGAGGUUGCAGUGAGCCAAGAUUGCACCACCAUACUCCAGCUUGGGUGACAAAGCAAGACUCUGUCUCAAAAAAAAAAGUUAAUCUGAAUCCAAAGGGUAAUAUUUUCAGCAGUAUUGUCUCUGGGGGUUCUCUGAACUGCAGAGGAGGAGACUGCCUUAAUGGAAGGAUAUCUCAGAUGCUGCUUGAGGUCAUAAAUAGUUGUUAACUUGCAAUUUUUUUGGGGAGGGGACGGAGUCUUGCUCUGUCACCUGGGCUGGAGUUCAGUGGCAUGAUCUCAGCUCACUGCAGCCUCCACCUCCAAGGUUCGAAUGAUUCUUCUGCCUCAGCCUCCCAAGUAUCUGGGACUAUAGGCAUGUGUCACCAUGCCCAGCUAAUUUUUCUAUUUUUAGUAGAGAUGGGGUUUCGCUGUGUUGGCCAGGAUGGUCUUGAUCUCCUGACCACCCGCCUCGGCCUCCCAAAGUGCUGGGAUUACAGGCGUAAGCCAACACCCGGCCCUUUUUUUUGUUUUUUGAGACAGAGUCUUGCUGUGUUGCUCGGGCUAGAGUGCAGUGGUGCAAUCUUGGCUUACUGUAACCUCUCCCUCCUGGGCUCAAGUGCUCCUCCCACCUCCGCCUCCUGAGGGCUGAGACAACAGGCACGUGCCACGACACCCAAAUUUUUGUAUUUUUUGUAGAAAUAGGUUUUGCCAUGUUGGUCAAGCUGGUUUUGAACUCCUGGGCUCAAGCAGUCUGCCUGUCUCAGCCUCCUAAAAUAUUAGGAUUACAGGCAUGAGCCACUGUGCCUGGCCAACCUGCAACAUUUUGACAACAUAAUCCUGCUUAAUUCUAAUUUAAUGUGACUUCUUUUUUUAAAAAAAAAUUAGUGAAUUUAGCAUUGAAUUUAAUUCUGCACUGGUAUGCGAAUGACUAAAGUCAUUUGAAGAAUGAUUUACCCUCCCUUUGGCUCAUGAUGUUUGAGCUUGGAUCACGUACAUAGAAGAACCCAUUUUCUUUGAGGCUAGCAGAAAUUGUUAAUGAUCAUCUUGCUUUUCAAGUGGCAAAGCUGACUACUUUGUCCCUAGGUUGUAGUAAUAUUUGUAUAACAUGGCAGAAAGUGAACUCACUUUCCUGGGAAUGCCUGAUUUUUCCAGCUCAACCUCUUUUUCUCCUAACCCCUCAGAUCUCAGUGCUUAGUGAAUGUUAGUGAGUGGCUGUAGGCAAGAAGUUGAUUAGUAAGAAAGAAGCUGUUGUCAGCAGUCACUUUUUUGGAAUAGAUGAUACUGUACUAGGUAUAAUGCCUUGGGUUAAAUGCUGCCUUGCACACAGGAAUUUAUAAUCUGUGAGAAGUUAAAAAUAGACAAAUGCUGAUUAGAAACACUGUCUUGAGUAGCAUCAUAAAAGGAUGAUUCAUUAGGAAAUCAGGAAGUCUAUAAUGUAAUUUGGAUCAUUUAGGUUGUAUUUUUACAACUUUUUUUUUGGAUUUCUAGUAAUUUUGUUGCAAUUCCACUUCUGAGAUCAUCACCGAUGAAUAUUAUUUAGAAUUAUGGGGCCAAGCUCAGUGGCUCAUGCCUGUAAUCUCAACACUUUGAAAGGCUGAGGCACGAGGAUCACUUGAGGACAAGAGUUCAAGCCUGGGCAAUAUAGUGAGACCCUGUCUCUACAAAAAAUAAAAAUAGCUGAGCGUGGUGACAUAUGCCUAUAGUCUCAGCUUCUUGGGAGGGUGAGGCAGGAGGAUCACUUCAGCCUAGGGUGACAGCAAAACCUUCUCUGUUAAAAAAAAAAAAAGAAAAAAAGGGGGGGAAAAAGAAAUAUGAAAUACUUCAUGGCCCAUUAGAGCAAGGUUUCUUGUAUGUUUUGGUCACAGUGGCAUCCCCAGUGCCUAAAACAAUGCCUGGCACACUGUAGGCAUUCAGUGAGUGUGGAAUGAGUGAAUGAAUGGGUACACAUGCCAUGGCACUCUUUCUGGAGAAUUGCAGGUGCCAGUCUGGUCUUGUGAGAUCAGUGCAGACUACACUGCCCGUGAGGGGAUGAGGAGGCUCUUUCCUCUGGUUUGAUUGCCGAAGUUAAUGCUGCAUGUAUUUUGUGGUUCUCAGUAGUUGCCAGGGAACCGAGGAAGUGAAAGGAUGGAGGGGUUAAAAACAGCCUCAUUGCUCUUCCCUGGGCAGCUGUGCCUUGAUCCAACCUUGUCUGUCUGGCAUUUUGACCUGGUUGUUGGCAGCAAGGCCUGGGAUAGACUGACUGUGUCUUGGUGUCUUGAGAAUACGUAUGUGCUGAAGAUUGGCUUCCCAAUCCCCAAACACCUGCAGAAGCAGGAGCCACUUUGUUUACACAUCAGCCACCUUUUCCUCUAGUAAUGAGGUUGUGAUCUAUUCUUUUUGUGAGUCUCGAGGAAAUGGCUCAGCCAGCUUGGAACAUUUAUUUUCUUGUCAGGAAAGUCGAUGUGACCUUGACCAUCAGUGGGGACCUGCAGUAAACAUGUUGUGUGUCUGGCUGGAUUCUAAUGAUCAAACAGUACUUUUGGCACCUCGCUGUGCUGUACAUGUCAUGUGCUGCUAAUUUAUUGUCCUAGGUGGGGGUUAUAGAUACUAAUUUGCAAGAAUCAUUUCUGACUUAAAUGGGCCAUGCCCAGCACAGUGCCACUACCAUGGAAGCCUUGGAUAAGUACCAUGAAAGAAAAUCGUUGCAGAAAAUGAAAGGAAAGAUGAAAUAUACUUGCUUUGAGUCCUGGACAGUAUAAUUAAUUUGUAGCUGAGGAAGUUAUUGAAAAGUAACUUUGUAUAAUCUAGCACUUUAGGAGGCUGAAGUGGGCAGAUCACUUGAGCCCAGGAGUUCAAGACCAGCUUGGGCAACAUGGCGAAACCCUGUCUCCACACAAAAAAACAAAAAUUAGCUGCAUGUGGUGGCACAUGCCUAUGGUUCGAGCUCCUUGGGAGACUGAGGUAGGAGGAACAUUUGAGCCCAGAAGGCAGAGGUUGCAGUGAGCCAAGAUCAUCACGCCACUGUACUUCAGCCUGGGUGACAGAGUAAGACCAUGUCUCAAAAAAAAAAAGGGAAAGUAACUUUGGAUUUAUAAAGCUCCUCUGAAGAUUGUUCUCGAGUCAUUUCUGGAAAUCCAAAUCCAAAUGGGACCUUUUGUCCUGUGUGAGUGUUGUCUUUGGUAGAGGAUUCAGGCCCAGGGAGAGCUGCUGUGACCUGCUGUUUCAGGAAGGGUAGCCAGAAGGGAUUUGGCUUACGCCACUGACUAGGAAAAGUCAGAGCAGGACACCAUCCCCACGGCUCUUGCUUCUUGUGCAAAGCUUGCUGUUGGAGAACUCUUUUCUCCUUGAGCUGAACUUAGUGAAGAAAGCAGGACAAACCUAAGGCGGUGAACUUUUCUGAACCAAGAGUUGGUUUAAAUAUAGAUGAUCUGCCUCUCUGGCAACUUGGAGGCUGCGGGGGGACUUGUUGUACCUUUUAUAAGGCAAGUGAGGAAAGAUGUUGGCACCUGUACUUGCGCAGUUUGUUUAUGAAAUAUAAACUCUCCUGUGGAAGUGAGGGGUCAAAAAGGUCAGUGUCCAAGGUAAUGUGUGUCCUACCUUAGCUGGGGAAAAGGUUCCUCUCCAAGCCCUCCCUGCGAAUUGCCUCAUUCGCUAGAGAAAGUUGGGACAGCCAGGCUUAAUGUCCUGUUAUUUACUGAGCACCGACUCCGGCAGGGGUGGGGGGUGAAAAAGUUUCUGUGAAACUGACAGACACUAGACUUGAUUUUCUUUCCCAGGGAGGAGAAACAAUAGUCUAGGAGCUAUAGAGUCCGUCCUUAUUCAGAGCAGUGUAGCUCUUUUCAGCUUUAGAGACUUGAUUUAUGUACCCUGGAGCUGCUUAGAGCCAAGGGGCUGCAGCAGCCUCCCAUCUGCAGCCCCCACUGUCUUCCCACAGUGGGCUCUGGCUCUAGGUGGGUCCAGGGCUGGGCAUCGCGGGUCUGUAGCACAUCCUCCUCAGUAUUCCAGCACAGCUGUCUGAAGUUUUUCUGCUGCGCCUGAACUGAUGUCAUUUCCCCCUUGGCAGACAGCUUCGGCUUAGCUGUGUCUGAGAUAUGUCACGAGAAGGUGGGGGUGGGCCGGAGUCAGGCGGGGGGAGUAGCAAGGAGAGCAGGAGGCAGGGUGCCUGCUUGGUCCCAGGGCUCUGUUUACUUUGUCUGCUUUGCUAAGGAAGGCCGGUGAACCAGGACUGCCGCGCACACAGGCCCACCAGGGGCAAUGCUCAUUCCAAGACCUUACUUUUAAGAGCCCUUUGUUCCAACGUUAGUGUGGACGAUGCUCUUGCAGGAUGCCUUUCCUUUUGGGUCUUAGACAGGAUAAGGAAGCCUGUGUGGGUACCAACAAUCAAAGCUACAUCUGUGACACAGGACACUGCUGUGGACAGUCUCAGUGCUGCAACUACUACUAUGAACUCUGGUGGUUCUGGCUGGUGUGGACCAUCAUCAUCAUCCUGAGCUGCUGCUGUGUCUGCCACCACCGCCGAGCCAAGCACCGCCUUCAGGCCCAGCAGCGGCAACAUGAAAUCAACCUGAUCGCCUACCGAGAAGCCCACAAUUACUCAGCGCUGCCAUUUUAUUUCAGGUUUUUGCCAAACUAUUUACUACCUCCUUAUGAGGAAGUGGUGAACCGACCUCCAACUCCUCCCCCACCAUACAGUGCCUUCCAGCUACAGCAGCAGCAGCUGCUGCCUCCACAGUGUGGCCCUGCAGGUGGCAGUCCUCCGGGCGGCACUGAUCCCACCAGGGGAUCCCAGGGGGCACAGAGCAGCCCCUUGUCUGGGCCCAGCAGAAGCAGCACAAGACCCCCCAGCAUUGCUGACCCUGAGCCCUCUGACCUACCAGUUGACCGAGUAGCCACCAAAGCCCCGGGGAUGGAGCCCAGUGGCUCUGUGGCCGGCCUGGGGGAGCUGGACCCAGGGGCCUUCCUGGACAAGGAUGCAGAGUGUAGGGAGGAGCUGCUGAAAGAUGACAGCUCUGAACCUGGCAGCGCACCGCCCGACAGCAAAGAGAAGACGCCUGGGAGACAUCGCCGCUUCACGGGUGACUCGGGCAUUGAAGUGUGUGUAUGCAACCGGGGCCACCAUGACGAUGACCUCAAAGAGUUCAACACACUCAUCGACGACGCUCUGGAUGGGCCCCUGGACUUCUGCGACAGCUGCCAUGUGCGGCCCCCUGGUGACGAGGAGGAAGGCCUCUGCCAGCCCUCUGAGGAGCAGGCUCGAGAGCCUGGGCACCCGCACCUGCCACGGCCGCCUGCAUGCCUGCUUCUGAACACCAUCAACGAGCAGGACUCUCCCAACUCCCAGAGCAGCAGCUCCCCCAGCUAGAGCAGGUCCUGCCAGCACCCAGGAACUCAGCAAAGCAACCAGGGUAGGGGAGAACCACGAGAGAAGCAUUAAAUGACUUUCAGAGUACAGCCACCUGGUUCCUUUUUUUUGUUUGUUUUUCUUCUCUCCUGCAUUUUCCUCCAUCACCAGGUACAGUUCGAGGUGUGGAUGCCUCUUCCCCCAACAAGGGCACAGUGUUGUAGACGGCUGAGUUGGUUCUGGGACUCAUUUCUCAUCUCCCAACUCCAUCCCCUUUCUUUAAAGUCAAAUCUCACCUACCUACUUGAGUCAGAGAGAUGGGAAGAGAAAUGUGUUUUAAAAGCCCCCAAGGAAGGAGGCUGGGACUGUGCCCUGACAUGAUUCUUGGUGAUGGAGUAGGUUUGUGCUCUGAUUCUAGUUUAAGAGAACAUCACUGUGUCUCAGUCCGGGAGAGGCAGCCCAUCUUGGCCCUGGAUGAAGAAGGAAGCGCACAGAGGCCCAGGGCUUGUCACUGUGGCUGCAGCGGCUGCUGAGCCAGCAUUGAGCAAAUCCUGUGGAAGGAUGAGAGCUGCCAGGCCGUUGUAUGAUAGGUUGGUAGGGGGCUGGUCGAUCUGUCGAAUUCCAGGUGACAAGAUCAACGCACCCCAUGUGUCCUUGAGGGGCCUCUUCUCCGGGGAUCUGGCUGGUUGCAGGCUGGUUCUGGUAUGAAAGAUUAUACUGCCUUUUCUUUCUUUGUUUAAUUUUGUUUUGUUUUUUUUUUCCUCUAAAAACAAACAACAAAAGACAGCUGAAAAUAAGAACGUCACCGGUGGGCAGGCAACAUUCUCUUCUGGAAAAUGAUGUUUGUGGCUCUUUCCCAGGUUGGCCUUCAAAGAGCCUGGCUGCUGUUGAGCCAGAAGGAGAUGUCUCGUGUGAAUGCUCUCAGAGCUUCCGUGAGCAGGAGGCCCUAAGCCUCAGCCGUGGAUAGAGGUGCUGCCCUCUGCCUCUCUGCCCUUUGGUCUGUGUCCACCGGUGACGCGUGUCAGCCUGCGUCCCAAACACACACUCUGCCACCCUUCAUGUCUCACUGUUCCAUAUGAGGAAACAGCAGACUGAGGAAGCAAUGGCCCCUGAGAAAGGGCCUCUGUAGCCUGGCUCUCACGCAGUAUUUGGUCUUGAUUCUGAAUACAUAUUUUUUGUGGGUUUUUUUGUGUGUGGUUGUUGUUUGUUUUGAACUGACCACUUGGAAGAAAUACCUUGGUUAUCUGUGGUUUUCAUGCCUUGUCCCUGCCUCUGCCCUCACCCCUUUUGAGUCGGGUGACUCAUUUUUCUUUGUGGAGACUUGGUGGCCGAGGCAGGAGGUGAAAGUGGCCGUCCGGAAGGCCCUGAGGACCCCUGUGCCUGUUGCUCGGCUUUAGGUCACCAGCUGAGCUGUGAUAGGAAAAUCUGAUUGGAGGCAGCCAACAGCCGAAACGAACAUUCCCCGCCCAGCCCUGUGCAUAUGAAGUGUCUGUUUUUCCCCCAACUCUUGAACGAUGAUGAUAUUCAGACAAACCAUUGAUGUUAUGGAAGAAGGAAAGAAAAAAAUAUAUAUAUAUACAUAUAUAUUUUGGACAUAUAUAUAUGUCCAAAAACAGACAAAUCCAAGGCUGUGUGUAAAUGAGUGUCUGCAUUUGAAUUCCACAAAACCAAAAUCCACGUUGAACAAAGUCAAGUUUAUACACAGUGACUUUCUGGGUGAGCUGUGUAUGUCUGUCUGUUGUGUGUGAGCCUCGAGCCCUGUUUUCCUGUGAAGAUACUUUGAGUGGCAGCCAUUCUCCCCGUGUGAACCACACCCCUGGAGCAUGGAUGGUCCUCUCAAGGUAAUUGAUCUUCCCCAUUUACUGUUUACCGAACAAAUGUCUGACUGUGUACUCGGGUGUAUUCCGCAGCGUUGUCGACUGCAGUCCCCUGUGUUUGCCAGAGAUACUGUGCUCGAAGUAGAGGUUUUACUCUACGCAUCACUGCGAUUUGCACAUUGCUCCGUGGACACUCAGAGGCCUGCAUUCUGUUCCCUGUAAAUGGAAGUGUGCUCUGAGCCUGUCUGCCUCCCUCGGCUGCUGCUGGUCCUGGGUACCAGCCCCCGGGGGUGUCCAUAACCACUUGGGACAGAAGAAGGUGGAAUUUCAAACAGAAGCUUGACUGGGUGAUCAAGGACAGGCUUGGACUAGCUGUGGCCAAGACGUCAGCCCUGCCCAGAAUUGCCAGGAGGAGGCUUUGUGGGCACCAGAGGAACCUCAAGGCCUGCCUCCCUCGGCUGAGUCCAGCAGGCGCAAGCGAGCUGGCUUGUGGCCAGAGGUGGCUGGAGUGUGUCACGGCCCUCAGAUGCCUUUCCUUCCACCUUUCAUUUUUUUAAUAGUCCCAAAUAACUCACUGAAGUGUCUCAGAGGCCAACAAGUUUUACCAAAAGGAAUCCUUUUUCAGUCAAUAGAUCAAAUGGAUGAGUUCUGACCCUCUCAAGUUCCUUUCCCCAGUGAGAGUAGGGAACUGGUCGAAGGUUAACCGUGGGAUUCACUGCAGCAUCCUACCCUAAGUCUCGAGAAGACGGAAAUGCAACCUGCGGAGCCGGGCUUGGUUCCCGAGUUGCAGCCUGGCGCCCGCUACAGGCUGCCCUGCUCAGAGAGAUUUAAUCGGGAGUUGAAGGAAUCAUUUGGGGGCCAGGGAGAUGUGGCUGAGGCUGGUUUUCCAGGUGAAUGAGACGGGGUUGGUGGAGGGUUUGGUGCUACAGCCAGUUGGAAGAUUUGCAAAUGCGAACACAUUCCUGUGUGAGGCACGUUACCCUUUGUCAGUUAUUGUGAAUAUGUGUAUUUUAAGCAAUAAGAUUCAGCUGGUCAGACUUUUCUGGGCAGUCUCGGUGAUGCAUUUCCUGUGCUGUGAUUGUUCUGAAGACAGAGUGGCUCUAACCACUGUGAGAAGCCCAAAUAAAAAUUGAUCCCAAAAA